AUGGCAAGCUCAAGCUCUGCGCUCAACAGAAGAUUGGAAGGGAAAGUUGCAGUGAUAACAGGAGGAGCUAGUGGAAUUGGGAAACGCACUGCAGAAAAGUUCGCCGAGCACGGAGCCAAAGUAGUGAUCGCUGACAUCCAAGACGAACUGGGACAUUCCGUGGCUGAGUCCAUAGGGCCAUCAACGUGUUGUUAUGUCCAUUGCGAUGUGACUGAUGAAAACCAGGUCAAAAAUGCUGUCCACAAAGCCGUGGAAACUUAUGGCAAGCUAGACAUCAUGUUCAACAACGCCGGCAUAGUUGAUCCCAACAAACAUCGAAUCAUCGAUAACGAUAAGGAAGAUUUUGAACGUGUACUCAGCGUCAAUGUCACGGGUGUUUUCCUUGGGAUCAAGCAUGCGGCACAGGCGAUGAUCCCAGCACGUAGUGGCAGCAUUAUCUCAACAGCGAGCAUAAGCUCUUACGUUGGUGGUGCAGCCUCGCAUGCGUAUUGUUGUGCUAAGCAUGCGGUGGUUGGUCUAACUAAAAAUGCAGCGGUUGAGCUUGGACAGUUCGGAAUCAGGGUCAAUUGUUUGUCACCUUACGCUCUUGCGACUCCCUUGGCCACCAAGUUUGUUGAAGCUGAUGAUGAAGGGCUUGAGACUAUCAUGAACUCAUUGGCCAAUCUCAAGGGUGUCACCCUCAAAGCUGAUGAUGUGGCCAAUGCAGCACUUUAUUUCGCUACUGAUGAUUCAAGGUAUGUGAGUGGCCAUAAUUUGCUCAUAGAUGGAGGCUUCAGCAUUGUUAAUCCUUCCUUUCACAUGUUUCAGUACCCUGAAUCUUGA